AGGAGAGAAAGAGUUGGAGGUGUAGAAAGAGAGGAGAGGUGCACAGAGAAACGAACAGGGGCAGCAAAAAGGAAGAGGUAUGACUGUUAUUCUGUAGCCCUGUGUUACAAUAAACUGCACUGCUAUCCUGCGCACCCCCGGGGAGGUCCGAUCAGCCAUUCAGCAGGAUGCCUCAGAGGAAAAGGAGUUUCACAUUUGGAGCUUACGGAGGAGUUGACAAGAGCUUCUCCAGGACCAGAACCUUAUGGAAACAAGAUGGAAGGAUUCCUCGUAUCUCUGAUGAAGUAGAGCCCUCACUAGCACAUUCCCACCCUCCAUUUCCUCUUCCCUCACUUUCAAAGACCUCGGACCUGUUUGCCAUGAUCGAGAGGAUGCAGGGUUGCAGAAUGGAUGAGCAAAGAUGCCCCCUCCCUCCCCCUCUCAAAACAGAAGAGGACUACAUCCCAUAUCCUAGUGUUCAUGAGGUUCUGGGUCGCAGAAGUCCUUUUCCACUGAUCCUGCUGCCACAGUUUGGAGGCUACUGGAUCGAGGGGACCAAUCAUGAGCCUAAAGACCCACCUGAAUCUGAUCAACCUCCCUGUCCUACCUCCCACAUCAAACUGGAGACAAACAGCACUGCCAAGAUCUACAGGAAGCAUUUCAUGGGCAAGGAACACUUUAAUUAUUACACCAUGGAUGCUGCCCUGGGCCACUUGGUCUUUUCCAUGAAGUAUGAUGUCAUCGGGGAUCAAGAGCAUCUGCGCUUGAUGCUUCGCACAAAGCUAAAAACCCACCAUGAUGUGAUUCCCAUUUCCUGCCUUACCGAGUUCCCCAAUGUGGUUCAAAUGGCCAAGCUUGUUUGUGAAGAAGUAAAUGUGGAUAGGUUUUACCCUGUCCUCUAUCCAAAGGCGUCAAGGCUCAUUGUCACCUUUGAUGAGCAUGUGAUCAGCAACAACUUCAAGUUUGGAGUCAUUUAUCAAAAGUUUGGCCAGACAACAGAGGAGGAGCUGUUUGGGAACAUGGAAGAAAGUCCUGCCUUUGUUGAGUUCUUGGAGUUUCUGGGCCACAAGAUUGAGCUUCAUGACUUUAAAGGGUUUCGUGGUGGACUGGAUGUCACUCAUGGGCAGACAGGCACAGAAUCCGUCUACACUAGUUUCCAUAAUAAGGAGAUUAUGUUCCAUGUGUCCACAAAGCUGCCUUACACAGAAGGAGACUCACAGCAGCUGCAGAGGAAGAGGCACAUAGGCAACGACAUUGUGGCCAUCGUGUUCCAGGAGGAGAACACGCCCUUUGUACCAGACAUGAUCCAGUCCAACUUCCUGCAUGCAUAUGUGGUGGUGCAGGUGGAGAACGCGUGUACGGACAAUGUAACCUACAAGGUGUCUGUGACAGCAAGGGAUGAUGUUCCUUUCUUUGGGCCUGCUCUGCCUGACCCUGCCAUUUUCAAAAAGGGCCCCGAGUUCAGAGAGUUCCUCUUCACCAAGCUCAUCAAUGCAGAGUACGCCUGCUACAAAGCUGAGAAGUUUGCCAAGCUGGAGGAGCGCACACGUUCAGCCCUGUUGGAGACUCUGUAUGAGGAGCUGCACAUCAACAGCCAGUCCAUGAUGGGUCUGGGUGGGGAUGAAGAUAAGCUGGAGAACGGGGGCGGAGGAGGAGGAGGAGGAGGCUUCUUUGAAUCCUUUAAGCGGGUCAUCCGCAGCAGAAGCCAGUCUAUGGACGCCAUGGGCCUCAGUAACAAGAAGUCACACACAGUCUCCACUAGUCACAGUGGCAGCUUUACCCACAAUCCCGCAGAGAGCCCCAAAACCCCAGGGAUUUCAUUGCUUGUCCCAGGGAAAAGUCCCAGUAAAUAUGGACGUCGAGGCAGUGCCAUAGGGAUAGGAACGAUAGAAGAGUCAUUGAUAAUUCCUGGGAAAAGCCCAACCAGGAAAAAGUCUGGACCCUUCAGCUCCCGUCGCAGCAGCGCCAUUGGCAUCGAGAAUAUCCAGGAGGUCCAAGAGAGGAGCCGGGAGGUGUCACCCAGCACCCAGAGGACACCUGAUAGCAGUCACUUGUCGCAGGAAAAUAAAUCAGACAACUCCUCCAAUCACAGUUCUCCGGAGUUUCCAGCAGCUAAGAACAGUUUGGCGAUGUGUUGCAGGGCACCGUCCAUCCCGGAGGCGCAGGACCUUUCCCGCUCCUCCUCUAAUGCCAGCAGCUUUGCUAGUGUUGUAGAGGAGCACGAGAAUGAGCACGAGGCCGAGGAGGAGUACGACACUGGACUGGAAAGUGUGUCUGGUGUUACGACAGUCAAGAGAGACUCAUUUGCGUACAGCUCUGGGGUGGAGGACAGUGUGUGCAGUACUAGCCAGGGAAGUUUUCCAGCUUCUCGUCUCCAGCCGCAGCCGGACGGAGUGAAGGCGUCAGAGCCAAAAGGGACAGACAGCAGGCCCAAGAUGGAGCGCCCCCCGCAGGAGCAGAAGUUCUCAUCGCAUUCCCAUAAGACGCAUCUUUUGCCAAAAACGAGCCAAGAGCAUGUGAUUUCAACCACUGAUGCAGAAGGGAAGCAGAAUUAGAAGCCCACUCUAGAGACAGACAGAUCGUCCGUUGUGUGUUUGGCAUGGACAUGCCGUCUGUCAUGACAGACACCCAGCUCCACUGACAUGUUCCUACUCAUCGCCCUCAUUCCAGCUCCACAUGGAAUUCUUCUUAAAUGCUCGAGGUGAAGGGAAAGAGACCUCCAUACCCAUGCACCCAGCAUAACUACUGACUGUCAUCUGUCAGCUGGCUUAGCAGAAAAAGUCUGCCCGCCAGCUCACUCUCCAGGCCAGUAUGCUCUGAAACCUGAUUCUUACUGUAAACACUCAAAUGUUGUGUGACCUCUUUUAAAGAUCAGGAAUUGAACAGGGGUUUAAUCUUGUGACUGAAAGAGUGGUGAGAGAAACUGAGACCAAGGGUCUAGAGUUAGAAAAGUUGCACUUGAGAGGAUGUUUUUUUUUUUAAUGUCAGCCUCACGUCCCACUGUGAUAUUGUACAUUUGGUGUACCGGGUGUGUGUGUGUGUGUCAGGCA